AUGUGUGGCAGGUAUUCAUUAGCUCUGCCACUUUCCUUAAUCCAGCAAAUGUUAGCAGACGAUGGCGUUGAGACUGAAGAUGCAGCGCUGGACGGAAGCAGCGAAGCCCACCAUCAAACAUAUAACUUUGCUCCGGGAAAUAAUGGCGUUGUAUGUAGAGCUAAUGCUUCCUCUAGCGGUGUCGAAAUAAAGGGCAAAUGUCACUUCGCUUCCGAUAAUAAAAGCCCCAGAGAAGGGUCUUCCAAUCUUGAGGGCCGUGAUGAAGUCAUCAAAUACAAUCUACAGUCAAUGAAGUGGGGGAUUCUACCUUCGUGGUCGAAGCAGAACGACGCUCCUAACCGCGGAGUCAUAAACUGCAGAGAUGACUCUCUCAGGACUACGGGUGGUAUGUGGCAAUCGAUAAAAGCCCGCAAACGAUGCAUUGUUGUCGCACAAGGGUUUUUUGAAUGGCUUAACGUAAGUGGCAAGGAAAAACGUCCAUAUUUCAUAAAACGAAAAGAUGGCCACCUAAUGUGCUUUGCUGGGCUAUGGGACUCCAUUCUGCAUCAAGACGCCGGAACUAGAACUUAUACUUAUGCAAUAAUCACGACCGACUCAAACCAACAGCUACGAUUCCUGCACCAUCGUAUGCCGGUCAUUUUUGAUGCUGGUUCUAAAGAAUUCCACCAGUGGCUUUAUCCAUUACAGCAAAGAUGGACUGAUGACCUUCAGUCCUUACUUAAACCCUUCCAAGGAGAGCUAGAUAUUUAUCCUGUUAACAGGAACGUUGGAAGAGUUGGCCGUAGCUCUCCAUCAUUUAUUGUCCCGUUGAUUCAGAAUGACGACGAGCAUGGCAUCAUCCACUUCUUUCCUAAAAUUUCCGACAGUUCAACCGCAGAAAAGCCAGAAACGCCGGAUGAGACAAGAAAGUGUGAGAGCGACGAUGAACAUCAUCUCGUUUCUUCCAGUAGCAGGCGAUAUUUACCUGAAAGAACAGAGUCUCCGAAGAAGCACGAGGCUGAAAGUUGCUAUACUCCUCCGUCGAAGAAAAGACGCACUAAGCCAGCCCCCCAAGGCAUCCAAAGAAUAACGGAUUUUUUCGGCCAAACACAGCGCGACAAAUAAGGGGUUGAUUUCCCAGCGUAGUAAGCUGGCUCUUCAGUGCUAUUAAUUAUUUUGCUUUUUUUGUUGCUUUCCUUUAGUUCUAGCCAUUUUG